AUGUUAGAACGUCAGUCAGCUUACGAUGCUUUAAUACAUGGUACUGAAGUACCACAAAUCAGUGCAAGGAGUUUACGUGGUUCUGAGGCAUUAGCGCGGUUGCGUGAACGGUUGCCUCAGGCCAAUCCGGACACCGCCGAUGACUGCGAACAGGAAGAUUUCGAUGAGCGCUUUACUUUCGAAAAAGGCGGAGUAGUACCCUCGUCGACUCGAUAUGAUGAAGAAUAUGCGGUGCCGGACAUCGAUCUCGAGGAUAUCAAAGCCCGGCUCGACGACCUAUGUCGGGCAGAACAUGCAUCAUGCCUGCCGCAUUCUGAUAUCGAUGAAGAAGUGGCGGAUGGAAAACUGUACCGGGAUGUGGCAGCGGCGUUAAGGGCUGUUGAGUCAGGCAUGAACACCUCAAUCCUAGAGCGAAUCAGGAACGCAGACGGACCAAAUGACCGGGUAUUCGACGACUUACUUGCUCCGUUACGUUCGGAACCACUACUAUUGGGGACCGAAGAGUCAGAAGAACACAUGUUAGAUGCGAUACUCACUUGGAACAAGCGCGUUGCCGAGAAGCAUAACAACGACUUGACCGAGCGCCAGACCUUUAUUGCCACUCUCAGGGAAAGGGUAAAGGUUGUCGACAAGAUUUUGGCGAUCGUUAGUGACAACAGAAAUAGCAAUCAGGACAAUGAGACUGGACAGAAUGGUAUUCUGGAACCUUCUCAACGUCGAAUACUGAAAGCUAUCCAUGCAUACCGGCCAGAAACCAAUGGUUUCAAGACUCAGGAUCCAUUUAACAUGCUUAUCAUUAUGUUAGCGCACAUUCGACAGGAGGAAUUCGAGCUUGCCAAUAAGGACGAUGGCAUUUACCUUGCUCUCAAGGUGCUGAGCGGACAGGAACAACUGGAGCACCGAUUCGACCGUGAGAAGAAGAGACGUGCGUACCAAAAGAAGAGAAAGGACGCAGAGGAAAUUGGCGAUAGAGAGGAAGUAAAGCGAUACGAAAUUAAAUGGAAAGCCCAUAACAAGAAGCUCGUAGAAAGAGCACGGCAAGGACUGAUGGCCAAGAUUCAAUGCGCAAGGAAGAAUUUGAGGACGGCCGGAAUUGACGAGCUGCUGGAUUUGGCUGUGCUUCGAUCAGCACAGCCACGUGCCUCUAGAGAAGCUCAUCCAGGUGUCAACACUCCGUUGCUGGCAGAGAUAUUGGACAAGUGCGCACAAACAGACGACUAUGACAAUCUUAACCAUGAGUUUGCAGAGCACUUCCCGCAUCUGGAGACUAAGCUGGAAGUGACUGCGAACAAUGCGCGAGACAUGAAUACAGUUCAUGACAUGGUUUUGUUCCGGAUGGUGAAGCUCGCUGGUGCUGAUCUAAGAGGUCUUGACAGGGUUGAGAGAGAAAGAUUGAUGACGGCGCGCCUGAAUGAUCCCGUUACGGCAACGGUGAUUGAGGAAACACUGGAAGGCGUGGCGGACACACGCCGAGCUGCGAAGCAGGUGCUCGAGCAGCUUGGGCUGACAGGGCAACCCAUACGUGAAUUGCUGGAAGCUGUAACGACGAAACGCGACGACCUGGCUGAGUUGACACGCUUGAUCAAUCGUGAGGAAUGUCCGAAUACCAGCAGGGUGAUUCAAGAGGAGGAGUAA